AUGGGCAAUCAGCUGUUUAUGCGAAGGGCGAGAUAUCUAGAUCUACUACCUGUUGAUCCUGAACCAGAACGCACAUUUCGCAUUCUCAGAAGCAUACAAAGAAACGAACGGGAAGCAAUGACAGAACAGGAUGCUAGAGCAGCCAAUGAGGAUAACCAACAAAAGGCUAUUUGGGACUACAUAAGGCCGGUUGUCAAUAACAACUAUUCCGGCAUCACACGCCCAGCAAUUACUGCAAACAAUUUCGAAUUGAAGCCAGGGUUGAUAUAUAUGGUGCAGCAAAAUCAGUUUGGGGGUGCUGCAAUAGAAGACCCAAAUGCUCAUCUUGGAUCCUUUUUGGAAAUUUGUGACACGGUGAAGAUGAAUGGGAAAUUCCUCACCAAGUACUUUACACCUUCUAAAUCAGCUCAGCUUCACGGUGAAAUUAGCCAAUUCAAACAACUCGACUUCGAGCCAUUCUAUGAAGCCUGGGAAAGAUUUAAAGACUUACUUAGGAGAUGUCCUCAACAUGGGUUCCAGAAAUGGGUGCAAAUUGAGAUAUUUUAUAAUGGGCUAAAUGGGCAGACAAGGAUUAUGGUGGAUGCAGCUGCGGGAGGCAUUUUAAUGGCUAAAAUAGCAGAGGCUGCAUAUGCUUUAUUGGAUGACAUAGCCACCAACAGUUACCAAUGGCCAAGUGAGAGAUCGGGCGUAAAGAAAGUAGCAGGACUUCAUGAAGUGGAUCCCAUCACCGCACUAGCAGCUCAGGUUGCAUCACUCACAAAUCAGAUAGUCACGCUUACUACUCAAGGAAAUCAACAGAAGGUAGUCAUGAGUACUUCUUCAUCACACCAAGAGACAGAGGUUGCAAACGAGCAGGCCCAAUAUGUCAACAGUAGAAACUACAAUAAAAGAGGAAGCUACCAAGCUAAUAACUAUCAUCCAGGGCUGAAGAAUCACGAGAACUUGUCAUAUGGCAACAAUAGAAACACACUUCAACCUCCACCCGGAUUCAACACUCAGAAUUCUGACGGGAAACCACCACUGGAAGACAUCCUUGGGACGUUCAUUUCUGAGACAAGAUCACACUUCAACAAAGAUGAAUCACGGUUGGAUAAUAUUGAAACACAUGCGUCCAACAUGGGAGCCACAAUGAAGAAUCUUGAAGUGCAAAUUGGCCAGUUGGCUACCUCAAUGAAGUCUCAGCAAAAAGAAAAAUUUCCAAGUGAUACAGAAGUUAUUCCAAAGGAGCACUGUAAAGCUAUUGUAUUAAGGAGUGGCAAGCAAGUUGGAAAAAGUGAACCCACCGAAGAUAGCAACCCCACACCUGAUAAAGAGAAAGAACAAGUAGUAGAAGAGCAAGAAAAGUAG